AGGCGUCAUCCCUCUUGCGGCGGGGCGACGAGAGCUGAGCAAGGCCUAGUAACACACUUUCCAUUUUAUCGGUCCUCACCGCCUCUUUCCCGGCUCCAUACCGACACAGACAUCACCGGCUGCGGCGAGAAGAAACCGGGCGCUCAAGUGUCGCCGUGUUCAAGAAAGCGCCGGUUUUAAUUUUUAAUUAACACGGUUAAAAAAGCUGCGGCGUGCGGAGCUGAACUAAGCAGAGAGCAGCCAGAGUUCGUUAUGAAUCGCUCCGUCCUAGUACCCCUCUUUCUCGUCCUGUUGUCCGGGCUUUGCCGAGCCGAGCAGCCCGAUAGCUCCCUCCUGAACGAGGAGGUGAAGCGGACCGUCGACCUGAGCUCGCACCUGGCCAAAAUCACAGCCGACAUCACCGUCUCCAACCCCGGCGCCUCGGCGGCCCAGAGCUUCCUUAUCGCGCUGGAUCCAGAGCUCCAGAGCCACCUGGCUUACAUCGGAGUCAUUGUGAAGGGAGACGAGGAGGAGGACAGUCGGCUGGAGCUGCAGGAGACCACGGUCAAGGGGAAGAGUGGGAAGUUCUUCCGCGCGCGCUUCCCCUCCCCGCUGGCAGGGGGCGCUAAGCUGAAGCUGUCCCUGGAGACGGUGUACACCCACGUCCUGCUGCCCUACCCCACACACAUCAGCCAGGCGGAGAAGCAGUUCGUAGUGUUCGAGGGAAACCAUUACUUCUACUCGCCCUACCUGACCCGCGCCCAGAGCACCCGCGUCAGACUCGCCUCCAAGAACGUGGAGAGCUACAGCAAGCUGGGCAGCCCCAGCAAGAGCGACGAGGUCAUCGAGUACGGGCCCUUCAAGGACAUCGCCCCCUACAGCCAGGAUGCUAUGAAGAUUCACUAUGAGAACAACGCCCCCUUCCUGACGAUCACGGACAUCACGCGCACCAUCGAGGUGUCUCACUGGGGCAACAUCGCCGUGGAGGAGACGGUGGACCUGCGUCACACGGGCGCCAUGCUCAAGGGACCCUUCUCACGCUACGACUACCAGCGGCAGUCCGACAGCGGCAUCUCCUCCGUCAAGUCAUUCAAGACGAUCCUGCCUGCGGCUGCCCAGGACGUGUAUUACCGGGAUGAGAUUGGGAACAUCUCCACCAGCCACCUGCUGGUGCUGGACGACUCCGUGGAGAUGGAGAUCCGGCCUCGCUUCCCUCUCUUCGGAGGCUGGAAGACGCACUACAUGGUCGGGUACAACCUGCCCAGCUACGAGUACCUGUACAACCUGGGUGACCAGUACGCUCUGAAGAUGAGGCUGGUGGACCAUGUGUUUGAUGACCAGGUUAUCGACUCCCUCACCGUCAAACUCAUCCUGCCCGAAGGAGCCAGGAAUAUCCAAGUGGACACCCCGUACUCCAUCCAGCGCGACCCUGAUGACCUGCACUACACCUAUCUGGACACGUUCGGCCGGCCCGUGGUCGUGGCUCACAAGAAGAAUCUGGUGGAGCAGCACAUCCAGGACGUGGUGGUCCAUUACAACUUCAAUAAGAUCCUGAUGCUGCAGGAGCCCCUGCUGGUGGUUGGUGCAUUCUACAUUCUGUUCUUCACAGUCAUUGUGUACGUGAGACUGGACUUCUCCAUCACCAAGGACCCCGCUGUGGAAGUGCGUAUGAAGGUGGCCUCGAUCACUGAGCAGGUCCUGACCCUGGUGAACAAGCGGCUGGGCCUGUACCGCCACUUCGACGAGGUCAUCAACAAGUACAAGCAGUCCCGCGACAUGGGUGCGCUCAACAGCGGCCGCAAGACCCUGGAGGCAGAGCACCGCACCCUCACCAACGAGGUGGCCUCGCUGCAGUCACGCCUCAAAGCAGAGGGCUCUGACCUGGCCGACAAGGUGGGUGAGAUCCAGAAGCUGGACGGCCUGGUGAAGGAGUCGGUGUCCCGGUCCUGCCAGGAGGCGGAGAGGCUGGUCGCCGGGAAGGUGAAGAAGGAGACGUACAUCGAGAGCGAGAAGCAGCUGUCUGCCAAGCGCCAGGACCUGGUGACCCGCAUAGACAGCUUGCUGGAUGCCUUGUAAAGGGCACAGCAGGGCUUCAGAGAGGAGGAUUCCCAUUGCAGAGCGACCCAGCCAGGCCAGGCUUUCAUAGGAGGCUGCAAGUGUCUAAUUGGUUGAAUUGGGAAAAGAAAUAAAAAGCAUGUUCAGCUGUUAUACAUGCUGCGUACCCCUUCAUAUCUGUCUCAUUUCAACUGUUAUACAUGCUGUGUACCCCUUCAUAUCUGUCUCAUUUCAACUGUUAUGCAUGCUGUGUACCCCUUCAUACGUGUCAUUUUUCUUUAUCUUGUUUGACUUUUUUUUUCCCCAUACAUUUCUAGCUAUGAAGUGCUAAACAGCAGCGCUGUGGUAUCAUUUAGCAGAGCUGCGUUUCCCAGGGUCUCCCUCUGAAGUUUUCUGUUCAAUCUCUCAAGUUUCAGCUCGUCUGAUUUGGCACAGUUGCAUGGUGGUGGUGAUGAUGGGAGAGCGUGUUUUUAAUUUUAUAUUUUUUUGGGGUGGGUUGACAUGAUCAAAAGCAAUACAAAUUGGUUGCUGAGUUUUUUGUGUGUGGAGUAAAACGCAGCAAGGGAAAUAAUGACAAUGUGAAUACAAGUUGAAAGUCUUUGUCUUUAGGGAGUUUCAGAAGGAACUGCUUUAUUUCUUGCGAUAUCUUUUGCUUUCUCGACUUUUCAGGAGCUUGGUUAUUUCUGAUUUUUUUUUUUUGCUUCAUGCUGUUAAGUUCUUCUUGUUCCUUCUCUGUGAUGUAUUUUUUUUUUUUUUUUUUUAGAAAUAUAGGAACAAAUGAAAUGUUUUCUUUUCUAUUGUGAGUUUCUGCCCUCCUACCAGUGCAGGCUGUGUGUCUAAUGCAGUAAGAUGUGGGGUUGGCAGUGCACAAAGUCUCUUGAAUCUGGAGGCUGUGAUCUGUCUGUGGCUCUUGUGAUACUAAACAAACUGAGCCAGGGAAAUGUCCGCUGCAAGCCGUCUUCGCUGUCCAGUUUGUGUGACUUUCCAACAAACGACCAAAUUUGAAUUAAAAAAAAAGACCCGUCAAAA